AUUACUUAAAACCAUGAAGGCAGAACCUGGAAGGCAGCACUCAGGGCAUAGAAUUCCCCCUGCCCGUAACCACGCCCCCUGCCUCCGUCAGCCUGUGGCCACGCCCCUUGCGUCCUCUAGGAACUACUACCGGUUUGUCGAGCAGCGGAUGUGUGAUGCACUACACAUCUUGUCUACUGGAUCUUCCUAUGUGCGUGCUUUGAGGCGCCGGGUGCCAGCGAAGUCACUUCGACCCCUAUCUACGGUGGUUAUUUAGCGGAUCUAUUGUCAUAAACAAAUGGCCACCGCUGCUCCACCUCCUCCGGCUCCAUCUGGCUCUGCUGCGGCCACUGAAAUCCCAAAUCCCGGAUCCAGCGGCUCGACUGCGGCCGACAGCGGCAACCAGGACAGCACUUUUGAGUGUAACAUAUGUCUGGACACCGCCAAGGACGCAGUGAUCAGCUUGUGUGGACACCUCUUCUGUUGGCCUUGUUUGCAUCAGUGGUUGGAGACCCGACCCAACAGACAAGUGUGCCCGGUAUGUAAAGCAGGCAUCUGCAGAGACAAAGUGAUCCCCUUAUAUGGGCGGGGAAGCACAGAUCAACAGGACCCGAGAGAAAGAACUCCACCCCGACCACAAGGACAAAGACCUGAGCCUGAAAACCGUGGUGGUUUUCAGGGAUUCGGCUUUGGCGAUGGAGGUUUCCAAAUGUCAUUUGGAAUCGGUGCCUUUCCAUUCGGUAUUUUUGCCACAGCCUUCAACAUCAACGAUGGAAGACCCCCUCCAGCAGCUCCUGGGACACCGCAGCACAUGGAUGAGCAGUUCCUGUCCCGACUCUUCCUGUUUGUCGCUCUGGUGAUCAUGUUUUGGCUGCUGAUUGCGUGAAGGUGUGGAAAGUCACCGCCUUGUGUUACAACCCCAAAAGAUUUGACAGAGAUGAGACCUCGUGGCGCAUCCCCCUGAUUUGUUCUGACGCUUCGUGGUAGUGAUCCACACUUUUUGGAGCUCGUGCUGAUUUUCCUCUCCUUGACAUCAAGUCAUAUGAGAUUUGAAUGAAGCACCCCAAAAAAAAAAAACACUAUCUUUACUAUUGGAAACUUUUAAGGAAAGUCUUAAAAUCUCGGUGGCCUUAUGUUUAUAGUGACAAACUUCAUGCUGCUUGAUAACAAUUUCCUCUUUCAAAAAUCUACACCCAUGGCUGUUUUGUUACUAAUUUCUCAUAUUGUCUUGUUUAAAAGGCUUAUCUUUACAAAACUACUUUUAAGAAACCUACAGGAUUCUUAUUUACAUGACGGAUUGAGUCGUAGGAAGUGCAUCCUCCAUGUUCCUCCUCUCUUUGUUCACUCAGGCUGUGUCCAACAUUCACUUCUCCCAAAUUAACAUCAUACCACAUGCCUGACUUGUCAGCAUAUGUCAUGAAUAUUAAAUACUUGCCAUGUGUUUAAGUUAGCUGUGUGUUGUGAGCACACUGUUGCUAGGCAACCACUGAAACUGUCUAGACAGUCGAGUAACUCAAUGACCACUAAAAUAUAAAGGCAUAAUUACAUUGUAAGGUCACUGGCAGUAUCAACAUGUCCUCCUCAAACUAUACAACUAUGUUACAGUAUAUUAGCUUCUUAGCUGUGUGUUAUUUCUAGAAAUAACCAACCUUACACACGUUUUAGGUACGGGGCUGUGAAUGCCACUAGAGGAGACGGUUCAUAUUCUUGUCAGCACCACAUUCAUUUGAAAGCAACAGUUAUUUUAAGGCAUCACUUCCCGCUGUUAAAACUUGGAAAUGAUAUCUGUGAAAAGAGUUGUAUAUUAUAAUUGUUGUUUUUACAUAGAAGAGUGAUGUGAUACUGGACUCAGCCUUAAUGAAUGGAGGUUUUUUUUUUUUGGUGUUGAUUCAGCUGUACCAGAUCUUCACAACUUAUCUCGUCAGCAAAAACGACCAACAUCACACACGUUCAUCAAAUCAGUGCUGCCUAUUUAUUUUAAGAUGUGAUUAAAAAAAAAAAAAUGUGUUAAUGCAUGUAAGCAGCAGGAAAAGUAAUUUAUAAAACAGUGUUGACCUGACCUGUAAAAGCUUUCAUUUUUGCUCAGUUUACGUAUGUCAAUGUAAUUAAAUGUAAAAUACUGUAGAUUAUUACACAGUUAAAAAUGAAGGUUGGCUGAACAUGAAACAACUUUUCUUAAUGUGAAUUUACUCUAUUGACAGUAAAGAUAUGUAAAUGAAGAUGUUAA